ACCCCCGCGGUUCUUCAGAAUGGCGCACACAACAGCGAACCAACAGAUCCCACAACAUGUAACCGCUCUCCUUUCGCACCUCACAUCCCGCCCCGGCGUGCAAUCCACCUUCAUCCUCUCCCGCAAAGAUGGCUCUAUCAUCCAAAGCACGGGUCUCCUAGCCACCCCCGAGUCAAUAGGACCCAAGCCCGCCCAAAACAGCACCGGCACACAUUCGGGGACGAACUCCACCAUCGAGCCGUCGUCGAUUACAUCCCCUUCUUCUGAAUCCGCCCCUUCUACACCCACGCCGACGACACCACAAGCUCAAGCUCAAGCACAGACACCUACCUCCCCACCGAACCACCCCCAGCAACCGUACCAGCCAUCGCAGGCUGAGGCGCUGGCAGCGCACAUCUUUGCGUUUGUAUCUAGUGCGUCGGAGUUGAGCAUGUCGCUUUCGCACCCUACGGAUGGGGGCAGCGCCAGCGCCAGUGCUAGCACGAAACCCAGCACUACCACCGCUACGUUAAACAAUACCCACCAACAUAACCAACACGAAAUUCCCGGCGCCGAAGGCGCACAAAACGGCCAUCCCCGCGAAGAAGGCGAGGGCGAGGGACAAGAAGAAAAGGAAGAAGACGACGAGGUGAAGCUGCUUCGGCUGCGGACGAAGAAGCAUGAGAUUGUCGUCGUGCCGGAUAGGAAGUACUUGCUGUGUGUUGUGCAGGAUGCGACGCAUCCGGCUGGUGGUUCUGCGGGGGUGAGGUCUAGAUGAUACUGAUAGGAACCUUUGAGGGGUUGGGGGGUUUGGUGCUUUUGUGUGAAUAUUAUGUGGCAUAUAAUACCCGGUUGAAUGCAGAUUUCUUAGUCUCUGAGUGGCUUCAGGUCCUUGUCUAAUAGACUGAUAUGUCUGGAUUGUAUCUAGUCUGCGGGCCCUGUAUGCUCAUCUACGAGUGUACUGCAAUCUUUCUAUCGCUUAAUUUUAAUACUUUUACUGAACCGACAACCGCUUACAAUAAACAGUCAGAAUACCAACCCAGCAAGACAAAAGAACCACCCCAAAAGAGUGAAAGGCCUAGAUUUACAACCAUUAAUAAAACGCAU